AUGCCACACAAGUACCAUUUCGACGUCACCAUGUCCUGUUCCGGAUGUUCUGGAGCUAUUGACCGUGUAUUGAAAAAACAAGAUGGUAUAUCCAACUACAACGUCUCUUUAGAGAACCAAUCUGUUGAUGUUGAAACUGACAAGGAUUACGACACGAUUUACAAUGUGAUUCAAAAGACUGGUAAAAAGAUCAAUGGUGGUAAAAUUGUUAGUUAA